GGUGCUGAAGAUGGCAGGCAGCUCUGCUCCUUGGAUUGGCAGCGCUUAUCUCUUCCUCCAGUCGACGUGCAAGACCAUCGCUCUGCCGUCUCUCUACGAAAGCUCCCAGAAGAAACCUAGUGUGUUCAAGGCGCUGAAGCUGGCAUUAGCAGACUCCACCGGCAGCGUGAAUGGUGUGGACAUGCUCAAAGUGCACUGCAGCCACCCGCACCUGAUAGUCCAGCUCAAGUUCUGCAAGCAGGAGAACUGCCGCCGGUUCUUGCAGAGUUACCGGGAAGGAGUGCUCCAGGAGUCCCUCCAGAAUCACCUCCAGCUCUCCUUGGCCAUGACCACGGUGCCUCUGGAAAUGGAGCUGAAGGCUGGCAACGAGCACCUCGACAACAUGCUGAAGGAUGAGGAUCGCUGCCUGGAGUGCAUCUUCAGAGAAAAGCCUGACCGCCUGCGGGAUGAGGAAAUCACGGAGCUGGAGGAAUGCCUCAAGAGCCUGAUUGUUCACCAGAGCAUCAACAACAAUAUGGCUGUAAAAGACUGCACGUCUCUGAACUCCCCAUCUCUACCUUAUCCUUCUCAAGGCAGCUCCCUUUCCCCACAAGUCACCUUCAUCUUUCAGGGACAAGAGUUCGCCAACAGAACGCUCACACCAGACGACCACCAGAAAUUUGCCAAGCUCGUGUCCAAGAAAUGGAAGCAAGUGGGUCGCUCUUUGCAGAAGAGCUGCCGGGCCCUGCGUGAUCCUGUCAUUGAUAACCUGGCCCUCGAAUAUGACCGAGAGGGACUAUAUGAACAAGCCUACCAGCUGCUGCUCAGAUUUAUCCAGUCAGAGGGGAAGAAGGCCACAAUAGCGCGGCUGAUUGCAGCCCUGGAAGAAAAUGGUCUCAUCAGCUUGGCUGAGGAGCUCUUGGGCCUCCAUUCCAAUGAGGACUGCUCCUAGAGCCCAAAGGGUAGUGGCAUUGCUAAGGGCUUUCUUGCUUUAGCUAGUGUAUGAGACUGCUGCCAGUGUCUGGGAAUGUAAAGUCCUGAAAAUCACCGCAGGUUUCCGUGUAGGUGGGAAUGCCCGGGGGAGAGGUUCUGUGCUCGCAGAACCCAGUACGGACCUCUGACGUUCCUUAUUUCAUUCUGUUUCCAGAAGUCAAGGUUACCUUCCCGUGAACUGGUGGUAGAGGCUUUCAGCCUGACUUCCUUCAGGACUGAAACGUCACAGGGAAGCAGCCAGACAGUUCAGAGAGCCCUAGGGGAGGGUGGGGGAGAGGAGAAAAGCAAGGAAGGCAUCUCAGAGAAUUUCUCUGGGAAGCAGACAAUGCCGCUGUUUCUCAGGCUGUGGCUCAGGGCCAUCACCUGGAGAGCUGCAAUAUAUUUUUUUAUAUUGAAGACAUUUAUGCCCUCAGGCAUGACAUCAAGCAAAGACAGAGGGGAAAUUAAGGAAAAGUCAAUUUUAUAUUAUUUUCCUUCUUUGUUCUUCAAACAAGGAACAUCUGCGGCAAGUGCAUCUGUCCUGCCCUGCUCUAGUAUAGCUCCUUCCCACCUCUCACCACCUGAAGGUUUCCCUUCUACCUGGGACAGUCCUAAUCUUCCACAGGGCACAAGGUUGCUGCCGUAGAACAAACUUCAGGCACUGAACAAGCAAUAUGGACAAACACAAAUUCCGAGAAUGAUUCCCAACUUUUUCUGGACAAUAAUAUAUUGACUACGUCGCGCUUAGCUCUUUCCCACCAACUUGAUGGAGCCUGCAUCUGUGAAAAGCAAAACACAGCGCUGGAAGGAAAAUAGUCUCCUAGUCAGCAAGUUACCUGUGGAGCGCAGAUUGGAACUGCGGCUCUAAGGCGUGCCGCAGCAUCAGGUACCAUCCUGACCCCAGCCCGCAGAGCUGAGCAAUCGCCUCUGACCAGCUGGCUGCUAGUGCCUUCGCUCACCUCUUAACCACCUGGCCUUGGCCUGCUGAGUUCACCGGAGAGGAUAGCUCACGCCAUCGUGUCUCACAAGCGUCAGGAUCUGCACAGAGCCUUGCCCUGGCGGCGUUGUCACUGUGUGACAAUUGGGCAUCAGCUGCUGUGCCUGGAUUUACCUGCCCUGAUUUUGAGGGUUAAAAAAUGGCUUAAAGGACAAAGCACCCAAACCCCAGGGCUGACUCGUGCUUUCAGUUCCGGUGGGAGAAGCCGACUGUUGCCUGGUAUGGUUGAUGCAGACUGCAACAGAGCAGAGUUUACACCUUUGCCCAUAACAAAGCAACAAGUAUCUAGCAUGACAUGGGUCCUGUGAAGCACAACAGCUUGCUUACCUUUGACAUAUUCCCUACGCUUUCCUGAUACAUUUUUACUUAUCCUUUUUCAUUAAUUCUAUCCCUCUUUGCCCUUCCCAUCCGUGGGAAUAGCCAGUGGGCCUUGGAAAUUAUUUCAGAUGCAGAGGGUGGCUCUGCCAGCACACAUAAAGCCUGUGUGUGCACGCAAGUAUUGGGCCACUGGCAGUCACGGUAGGAUCAGCUUUCAGACAGGCAAGCCCUGAUGGCCUUUUAAAUCACAACUCGCAUCUUAAUCCUUCCUAGAGUCAAAGCUGUAUUCAUAAUUCGGUAAGGAGGGACACAACGUGGGAUUCAGGCACGGGCUCAGAUCCGAGCUCCUGGGGCUGGUGCCGCUCCCUUAGCUUCUGCUAAAAUGCAUGCUGUGAGCAUCAGCUAACUGAAGACCCGGAUCAGGAGGAUUUAGAUGGCCAGCUUCUACCCAGUUGGGGUCCACGUGCCUCAGAUGUGCUCAGCAUCACGUUCCUCAGUGUAAGCCUGAGGAACCUGGCUUUUUUUCUGCAGAUUUUGAAUCCCCAAGGUUACGUACACAGUGUGGAAAGGAAAUGGAGGGGGUCAAAUGUGGGGAGAAUGU